GUGGUGGAAGGACCGUUGUGAACGUACAUGCUGAUAACUGGAAUCGUAUCUGCACGAGAUUUGGUUCGUCUUCACGAAAAUUAAUGUCAUAAUCAAUUAUCUAAAUCCAAAAAAUUAUCCACAUUUUCUUGAGCAGCGAGUUAGUGUAACGAACAACGGUGCGCAAGACAAACACCUUUGAAGAUGUCUGUAACGGAGAUGUUUAGCUACAUCCAAGGGUUUUUAAGUGCUGACCAAGAUAUUCGAGAGGACAUAAGAAAAGUAGUCCAGGUCCUGGAGCAAACAGCGAGAGAGAUCCUAACAGUUCUUCAAAGUGUCCAUCAGCCUACUGGAUUCAAAGACAUUCCCAGCAAGUGUCUGAAGGCCAGAGAACUGUUCUGCACUGUUAGAACUCACACCGGAGAACUGAAAACAAAGUUCCCUGUGGAACAGUACUAUCGGUAUCACGAGCAUUGGAGAUUUGUUCUUCAGCGGCUUGCCUUUCUUGCAGCUUUUGUGGUAUACUUGGAAAGCGAGUCCUUGGUUACACGCGAGGAAGUGGCGAAAAUACUUGCCAUUGAAGUUGACCGAGAAAAAGGGUUUCAUUUGGAUGUAGAAGACUAUCUAGCAGGAGUUCUCCUUAUGGCCAGUGAGCUGUCCAGGUUGGCAGUGAACAGCGUGACAGCAGGGGACUAUGGACGGCCGCUCCGUAUCUCAAACUUCAUCAAUGAACUGGACUCUGGCUUUCGCCUGCUUAAUUUAAAGAACGACCCUCUUCGCAAGCGCUACGAUGGCCUCAAGUAUGAUGUGAAAAAGAUUGAGGAGGUGGUGUAUGACCUUUCCAUCCGAGGCCUUGCCAAGGAGCAGGAGACUGGAGGAGAUAAGUAGAGCCAGUAGGGAACGCAAGAGGCCGCGGGGCACUACCCUGGCUGGGAUUCUUCUCGACUGGGAGAGUGGAUAAACCUGUCAGCGGACAGUUGAUUGGAGGAAGAGGGGAGGGAAUGGAGGUUUUGAAGCCCCAGCAGCCUUGGACAGUGGCUGGUCUUUUAAGCCACUUGUUCACCAUGAUGGAAAGCCAUUCAGGCCUGUUUUAGUGGGAUGUUCAGUUUCUCACCACUUUUGAGAGAUGCUCAUGUACAGAUGCAUUCUGUUUUACUUGUGCUGUUUUAUUAUACUUGGUGUUUUUGUCUUGGUCAUCACUAUUGCAAAUCAUUGUACAGUCAAAAGAUUAUCACUUGAAUGGUUUUGGUGAGAGCCAAAUUGGGAUAUGAUGUUGGAAACAGUGAAGUUCUAUGCUAGUUUUGUUACUUUCUGACCAAUAAAAACCAUUUCAUCGACAUUUUCAUAAUGUUAACCUACAGAUGUAAAAUUGCCAUUAUCUAAGCUGUUUGAUUCCUUUGAUGUGUUCCACAUACAUAGCACCUUUCUUGAAUAUAACCAUGACUGAAAUACUGUAUUUGUCUGUUGUUUUGCUGAUGCCUACAUGAAGAUAAAAUUGAUAAAGUUGUGCCAAAGUUCCUGAGCCUAAAUUUUAAAUUUUUAUACUGCAAAGACAUUUUGGUAUUUGAAUUGGUAAUGUAAAUGAUGUACAAAUCAUCAGAUUCAGGAGACUUUCUUAAUGCAUUUGGUAACUUGGCUUCUUGCUGUGCAUGUUUGAUUGCUUACCUUCAUUUGUACUUGUCAGUUCAUAUGUUCCCUGGCCUUAAUGUUUCUGGUCUUGUGUUGUUGCAUGCUGCACACAACCUGUGGAACUUAAACCUUCCAAACCACCCUUUUUUGUGGGUGCAUGCGUUUCAUCUGCUUUUUGAAAAUUUGUUUCGGUAAUACAAAAAAUUAUUUCAAGCAAUAGUCAGAAAUACCACUUUGUAUUCUUUCCCCCCCCACGAAAGAUUUCACCAAGUAUUUUAAGUUCAUGUGGUAGUUCCAACUUUUGACCCUCAUUUUUCAUCAUUACGU